AUGAAAGACAGACUGAACAGUGCCUGGGUGCGAAUCAAGGCCAAGCCAAAAGAACCCUUCAUGCCUAUCGGCGCCUUGAAAGAAAUUUGCCAGGAAGACUCCGUAGAGAAGGAAAUUCGUCGGUCCUGCCCAGACUGGAGCGAAAAGGAUGUAAACGCCUGCACCCGGUACGUCUGCGAUGGCCAAUGUGGUGCGCCGGGCUUUGGCGACUCCAAGAUCAGGCUGUUCGCGGUUCUGGUUCUCAUUGACGAAGUGAGCAAGGUGAAGUGCUUCUUGAAAUAUGGGAUCAUGGACAAAGAUCUUCCCUUCCUGCCUAGUACGCAGGAUGGUGGCAAGACGCUCCUCGGACGCGACCUGCAAAGUACCAAGGAUAUGGCUGGCAAGGAGGGCGGCUAUUCUGUGGUGUAUUCCGUCAAAAUCCAUCCAGAUCAUCACGGCUUUGUGCGUUUCCACCACCCUUCCUCAUUCCUGCUCGGGGCUGCACCGAAAUUCGCUCUCAAAACUCUACACUCAGCAAAGCAGGACGACUUCGAUACAGAGCUGAAAAACCUGAAUCUAUGCGCAUCAAAAAGCCAUUUGGUCGAGCUAUACGCGGCUUUGAAGCACGGGGAGAAAUACUCAUUCCUGUUUCCAUGGGCUACGGGCGGUUCCUUGUCAUCCCUCUGGAACAAAUCCCGCAAUUCAUUUACCUGGUGCCCAAACCAUAGGACUAUGGAUCCGUCGGCACAGACAAGAAGCGCGGUGCUCUGGAUUGCGCAACAGUGCUACAAACUGGCAACCGAUGAGGGCUUGGGCUUCGUUCACAAUAGGAACUCAAUGGCGAAGUCAGCUUAUCUACGCAACUUGGUUGACACAAACGAUAGUCGCUAUGGCAUCCACGGGGACAUUAAGCCUGGCAACAUCCUGCAUUUCACAGAAGAGUUCAAUGAUGAACUAGAUGGGAGAGUCGAGGACGCCAUCUUGAAACCGUCAGUUGUCAAAUGGAUCAGUCGUCUCCGCGAUAUUACAGGUCCCGAUAAUUUUCUACACGAUUUUCUGACCUUCAUCGAGAAAGACAUGUUAGAGGUCGACUAUCAACACCGAGCCUCUUGUAUCGAUGUUAGCGACUUCCUCAAACCAAGAUACGAGAGGUGUAUCAAGGACGAAAGAUAUUGCAUACCCCAGCAACAACCAUUUCACGUCGUGAGGAGUGAGAACAGGGGUCAAACAGUCACUGAUACAGGCUUAAACAACGCCUCCCAGAAGCGAAAGGCUGGCAGUGACGAGGGAAGGGAGUCGAAGCAGCAUCGCUCCAUAUGA